AGUAGCUUGCGGGAAAGCCCCUCCGGUGCACAGGCAGAGAAAGGCUCCAAGACUCAGGCAGUGCCCCUUGCAGAUCCCUGUCAACGCGGACUUCCAGAGUCCCGCGGGGUUGCUGAGUGAAAUCCGGGUGGUCGCCGGCUCUCCCGCUGUCGCCAAGAUGCACAACUUGUCGCUGUCCGAGCCUGGCGGAGACAAUGUGUCCUGCGGCGGCUCGGCUCUGGGCUGUCCCAACGGGUCGAGCCCCGCGCCUCUGCCGCUGCCGCAGCCGCUGGCGGUAGCCGUGCCUGUGGUCUACGCGGUGAUCUGCGCGGUGGGACUGGCAGGCAACUCGGCGGUGCUCUACGUGCUGCUGCGCGCACCGCGCAUGAAGACAGUCACCAACGUGUUCGUCCUCAACCUGGCUAUCGCCGACGAGCUCUUUACCCUCGUGCUGCCCAUCAACAUCGCCGACUUCCUGCUGAGGCGCUGGCCCUUCGGGGAGGUCAUGUGCAAGCUCAUCGUGGCCGUCGACCAGUACAACACGUUCUCUAGCCUCUACUUCCUCACUGUGAUGAGCGCCGACCGCUACCUGGUGGUGCUGGCCACGGCCGAGUCGCGCCGGGUGUCGGGGCGCACUUACCGUGCUGCGCGCGCCGUCAGUCUGGCGGUGUGGGCAUUGGUGACUCUGGUCGUGCUGCCCUUCGCCGUGUUCGCCCAGCUGGACGAGGAGCAGGGCCGACGCCAGUGCGUGCUGGUCUUCCCGCAGCCAGAGGCCUUCUGGUGGCGUGCCAGCCGCCUGUACACACUGGUGCUGGGCUUCGCCAUCCCGGUCUCCACCAUCUGCGCCCUCUACACCACCCUGCUGUGCCGGCUGCGUGCCAUCCAGCUAGACAGCCACGCCAAGGCCCUGGAUCGAGCAAAGAAGCGUGUGACCUUGUUGGUGGUGGCGAUCCUGGCCGUGUGCCUCAUCUGCUGGACGCCUUACCACCUGAGCACCAUAGUGGCGCUCACCACCGACCUGCCGCAAACGCCACUGGUCAUUGGCAUCUCUUACUUCAUCACCAGCCUGAGCUAUGCCAACAGCUGCCUCAACCCCUUUCUCUACGCCUUCCUGGAUGACAGCUUCCGCAGGAGCCUUCGGCAGCUGGUGUCCUGCCGUGCCGCCUGAUGCUCUCUGGACCCCAGGCAGCACUGCCAGCGGGGUUGAGGGGAAUACGGGGAGUGAGGUUCCCAAGCAGCAGCCCAGACAUCCUGAGGCCCCCUUCCCGACAUGCCUUCCCGCAGGUCCUUCUCAGGACUGAGUGAUUCCGGAUUUGCCCAGCCCAGAGGUGAGGCCUAGGGCAGCUCCGGUAAGAACACAGCACUGGUUUCUCCCUACAGCUAAGGGCAGGGCUUGACCCCUGAGUUUAGGGUGAGUGUGGUGGCAGUGUUGAAACAUGAGUUUAACUCUCCCUUGAUCUCUUGAGUAGACCCUUAGGAUGUCGCAGGCUCCCCCUUCCGGUGUCUCAGCGCUCCACUGUGUAUUUUGCUUCUUUACCUUCCACAGAAGAUGCCAGUGCUUUUAAUCAAGCAGGUAAACAACCUGUCUUGAUCCUUCUUGGGUAUAUUCUAACUGACUUGGAACAGGGUUAAGGUCACGCCUCACUAGAGGUGUCGGGGGUGGGGUGUUGAAGGAGGCUGGAGCCUGGGUAUGGCUGAUAAAGAAUAGAGAUAAUCACCCACCCAGUUUCCCCAACAACCUUUCUUCUUUCCAAUGACUGGUCUCACCCCAAAGACUACCACAGAGGCUGCAAGAACCAAGAGUCUGGAGAAAUGUCCAGAGCCAGGUUCCAGCAACCUGUUGAGGAGCCAGCUGUCUAGCGAGUUUCUGAGGGCAGCUUGUGCACUACUGUGCACCAGCCAACAACUCUUUACAUCCCUGUCCUUUGUGGUUUCUGUAAAGUUCUCCAGGGCAUCCCUCCUGCCUCGUGGACUUCACUGGUCUCUCAUAAAACUAGGGUCACUGUAAUUGUUUGCGGAUACGGUUUCUCAGGACUAAGAAGUCCAUAAAUGCACAUAUGUUUUAAUCUCACAGACUACUUUAGAGGACUGUAAAAAAUAAAAAUUCAACUUGUUCCAUCCUUGGCUCCACUCCUGAAUAUUAUUCCAGAACCUCCCUUCAGUGACAGCCCCUAAUGGGACCCGACUUGUACCCCAGCUAUUUCUUGGCUAGAUCUUUGCUUAUAUUCUAACCACAGGGAACUCCUAAGCAUUGUUCAAUUCUAAGGAGUUGUCUCUUGAACCCCGGGGGGACAUCUGUUUCUGAUUCCCCAUGGAGAUCAUCUGGUACCUGCCUUUAUAUGUUUUAUCUCUAGCUAUGGAAGACAAGCUUGCAGGAGGAGUCUAACCAACCCUCUGCAGGUCACGCCUCAGACAAGAGGUCUGGGAUAACCAUGGCCAGCCUCUGCAGGUCCACACUUCAGACACAAGGUCUGGAUAACCAGACUCACCCAGGACACCUGUCUUACAUGAUAUGUUUAGGAUGAGUCACAGGAAGGAAUGAUUUUAAUGUUUGUUUCCUCUGGGAACAACACAAGAGUGUUGCCAGCAGGUUUUGUUUACCGGGUUCGGCACUCAAGCCACUUCUCGGUUAUUUACAUUCAAAAUACCCUUCAAAAAUAUGUAGAAGGGAGAUGCUCUCUCUUACAAGAGGGAGGCCAAACUCCUCUCUGACUUUAAUGAAUGAGAAUUAGUUCCUUAGUUCUUGGUGUGCUGGGAAAAUUGAGAUCAUUUUCAGGUAUUACUUGGGAAAGCUAAUACAGAGGCUGUGUGUCUUGGGUACAAAUAACAGUAAACUGUUCAAAACACAGCUUUCUGUCAGGUGUGCAUUUGAAUCAUGCCCCUCAAACCCUCAGAAUCAGCUUUGGCUGAGCCUUCAGAGGUGUCUGCAAUGUGAUUGCACCUUUUUAUCCCUACGGAGCAUUCUGUAGAUGUGUCUUUAGAACUUAAUUAUUGUAUGAGUGCUCUGUAAUCUUUCAAAACUAGGGUUUUACAGUUCAGUGACUGUUAGAUUGUCCAGGGUGCUGGGUAAAGGAUAUAGUGGAAAUAUGACAACAGAUGGACAGCACUGUCACCAUAACUGGAAAUACAGUCUUCAUAAAUGCAGCAACAACACAGAUAAGAGGAGGUCCUGGUAGUUUUCUGUCCAUCACAUCACCCCCACCUGAAAUGGGCCUGUGACUGUCCUGCAGUCUCUGGAUGCUGCUGAAAAAAAACACUGGUAUGGAUAUUAUUUUGUCUCUCACAGACAGGUACAGACUGGUUUGUACAAAGAGAAAUCAGUAUCAGUGUCACUCUGGUUCUCUAAGUCCCUGGUUAUCACUGUAUCACCCCUAGACUACCACCAUUUUUGUGAUAUUUGGAAGUUCAUACAGCGUGUCUUAUACUUGCCUUUUAUUUCUUAGAUAAUACAUAGAAUAAAUAAGCAAACAAGCCACACAGGAAUAAAAUUUAUAGCUCUAUGUUAAUUCUUAUAGACUUUGUAUAAACAAUGCUGUUUGGCUUUACCACUUCUAAUACUUAAAAGUGUGGAUUUGGUUUUAUUUAGUUUAAUGUAAUUGUAAAAUGUGUGUUUUAUGCUUUCUCAAGAAUUGCAGGAUUUUGCUAAUCGACUACAAAUAAAAGCUGAAACACUCUGUGUGACAAA